GCGGCUGCGGGUGGGGGGAAAAGCUCUUCCCAGGGGGCGGUGGGCAUAGGAAGGGCCCCCCGGGGCAGUGGUGAGGCCACCGAGAUGAUGGAGCUCAAGGAGUGUCUGGACAACGCUUUCCAACAGAAGGUUUGGGUUUUGGGUGGGCCUGUGUGAGGUUGGGCUUGGUGAUCCUUGUGGGUCUCUUCCAGUUCAGGUUCUAGGAUUCCAGGAGUGGCUCAGGACAAUGGGUUUUGUCAGGCUUGGAGAAUGGGAGCUUCCUGAGCUGGAGACAUGGAGAAGGAGGUGCUCAUCUCUUCUGGUUUCUAGUGACAGAAUGUGCGGGAAUGGCUCAAAGCUGAGCCAGGGAGCUUCAGACCAGACAUUAGGAAAAAGUCCUUUAGCAAGAGGCAAUUUGGCAAGAGAGCAGGCAGUAGAGAGGUGGUUGAUGCCCCAUUCUUGUCCAUGUUGGAGGCAUUUGAGUAACGCUUUCAGUGAUGUGUUUUAACCUUGAAUUGGCCCUGAAGUAGUCUGACACUUGGACUCGGUGAUUUUUGUAGGUCCCUUCCAACUGGCACAACUCUGCUCUCCUCUGUUCUAUCUGUCCUGCCAGCCCAUUUAGGUCGCCCUACAGCAAUGCCCCAUCUGGCUAUUGCAAAGGGCACAGGAAGCAGCAUGUGCAGCAUCCCUAUUGCAGAGGCUUCUCCUCAGGGCUCUGUGAUCUGCCAGCCUGGGUCAGGCGCUCCUCCUUGGCUGCCAGUUGUUCUGGCUGGGGAGCAAGUGCGUGUGUGUCUGUGCCAAGGCCAUGGCAUUGUGUUUGCUGUUUAGACAGUGGUUCUCAUUAGCCUCUGCCCCUGCAGAGAAGCAUUUGUGAACUGAAUCUGUGUGCAAGCAGCAAGGUGAGGGAGAGGAAAGCCGCUGCCGUUUCUUUGUGCUGAGAUCAGGGAUGCCGCAACGUGAGAUAAUCCAGAUUAUUCCUACCCAGAACGUGGCACUGAACGGCCUACUUCCAGCAGCUGUCUGUGAGCAGCACAGGAGCCUGGCAGCCCACCAAGAGGCUGCUGCUGCCCUCUUCGCAGCCAGAAUCCGUCCCGUGGAGCCUCUUGCUAACGCAGAGCAGAUGCUGGCUGUGCACGUGGCCCCAGCUUCCUGCACGCUCCUGGGACGUAGCGAGUGGGAAGGUCAGUCACAAUCGAGCCCAGCUCAAGGUGAACAGACCCAAGCCCAAACUGCCCAGGCUUUCAAGCACAGCUGUCCUUGGGUCCUCUAUGGAGGCCGCCAGCUGCUUGCGUUGGCAGUAUGGGUGCUGACCGCCCGCUGUCCCCACUGCAGCGCUCACUGCCUGUCCUUCAGGAGCAUUGCCAUUCUGCCUAGUGACGCCGAGAAACUUCCUGCAUUUUUGGAGCUUCUGGUGCUAAACCGGAGCUGGAAACGAGCCAGGCUGUGCCACCCACUGGGUUGUGUGCCUUCUGGAGCAGACAGGAGCAGGGCAUCAAAUGAUGCACUGGAUUCGACACCAAAAAUAUCUGAAAAGGCUGGAGUGUGGGCGAGGAGAGGGCUGCUUUGCUCCUGGUGUCCUUCCCGAGGCAGCAGGCUCUGCUCCUUCGUGAAGGACCUGCUAAUGGGCGUGGAGAGAGCAGGGACGGGCUGUCACAGCAGGAGACCAUUGGCACUGCAGCAGAAGUAGAGCUGAAAUCCUCAGUUUCUGAGGACUUGGGGUAAUGUUUUUCUAUUCUGAAUGGGAGCUCUCGAGGAUUUUGGCACGUGUCUGGGAGCUGUCAAAGAGCUUCUGUCCUGUGUGUGUUCCUGCGGUGUGGAGGAACUGAACUGACACUCCUCGUGAGGUCUCUCAUCCUCUCCCCAGGGCAAUGGAUGCGCAGUGAAGUGUCUCCUAGGCUUCUGGUGCUCAGCUUUGUUUAAGCAUUGCGAUGCUGUGGGUAGAAGUUAGGAAAGGCAAGUCACCUGGCAAUUGGAAGUAAAUGAGGGUGAGCCUUGAGGCUGCUUUUCCUUCUGAACCACCAGCAUGACUGUGGUGCUGAGCUAUACGAGGUCAUGCAGAUGAUGCUGGCUCUGGGGAAGACCUGCAGAGCACAGAGGACAUCUGUAGUGGGGUAUGCUCUGCUGGGAGGCUCCCCGAGGGCUCUGCCCCAUCAGAGCCUCCCAAAUGCUGCAGGUUUCAUGGCCAAGGUGGCUGUUGUUUGCCUGGAUGGUGUCAAACAGAGGGCAGGGACAGAACUGCCAGCCAGGGUAAUGCAAAGUCUAUGGGACCAUGCAGGAGGGGACUCAAAGGAAUCCAACUCUUCAAGUUGGAUGUUAGGAAGAAUUUCUUCUUCGAAAGAGCAGUGAUGCAUUGUCACCAGCUGCCCAGGGAGUGGUGGGGUCACUGUCCCUGGAGGUGUUCAAGAACCAUGGGGAUGUGACACAGAGGGACGUGGUGAUGGGCACGGUGGGGUGGGUUGGGGUUCGGCUUGGUGAUCUCAGUCAUCUCUUCCAACCUGGAUGAAUCUAUGAUUCUAAGGUGUCACUUGGUCUUUCCACCUGCCUCAAAGUGCCCUUUGCUGAAAAGUGUGCCUUUGCCUUUUCCUACUGCACACUUCUCUUUCCUUUCUUGAUGUGAAAUUGUCUCCUGCCUAGCACCAAGUUCAACGUCAGACUGUCCUGGGUGUUUUUUUGCAGCAGCCUUUACAUGUUAUAAAGCUGCAUCUGCUGACAUGUCUUCUCUGCACCAGCCCCAGUCUUCCAGGCUUUUGUUCAAGGCCAUGCUCCCUGGGCCUUGCUGGCCUUUUGUGGCCCAUUUCAGCUGGCCCAAAUCUUUUGGGGGAGUGAAGUGGUUCUUUAGAGGAGAACAGCAUAAUUGCUUGAUGUAUCUUUAUGAGCUGGAGGAGAGCAGGAUAAUUAAAGGCACUUCAUAUGUCUUUAUAAGCUGUCCUAUCUCUUGUCCUUCUGUACUUGCCUGACAGUGACAUGCUGGCUCAUGCUCCGUCUGUGCAGCCCUGUGACCCUUCUGGCAGCAGUGCUGUUGCCUUUUCUCCCCCAGCCCAUGUUCACGCCACUGGUUUCUCUCACCAGCAACCCCUGGCCAUGUUCAUCUCACUGAGCCCUUGUUCCAGCCUGCUGGGAGCACAUUGAGCUCCAGCCCUGGCCUCCAAAGCACUAGGGGUCGAGUGCAGAUUUUAAAAUGUACUCUGUUCUGUCAUUUACGUCACGCAGGGAAAAGCUGGGCGGUGGCAGCAGCAGGGCAGACCUGUCUGAAACCCUGUGUGUCUCCUCUUCGUGUAAGCGAGAGUCACUGGUAACUGCCUAUUACUGUGCGUGAGCUCCGAGGCACAGGGACACAUCAGCCCAGCGGUGCUGCAGCUUCUGUGCUCUGUGGGGUUUCUGUAGCAUCACCGACCAGGCUCUGGGAGAGACCAGCAAAGGUGUGGAUCCGGCUCUUCUGGCUGGUGCGGGGAUGCCCAGCUGUGCAUCUGCAACCGCAGCUUGGCGGGAUCCGCCUGCUCAGGUUUCCAUGGAGAGCGUCUUGUUGUUGGGGAGGGAGCAGCCUGGCAGACAGUACAGUCAUGGAAAUACCGAUACAGCAUUUGUUUUCCAAGAUGCCUGAAUAAAAUCAUUAACAGUUAGCAGCCUCACUUCCUCUGCUCGCACCACCCGCCCUCGGCGGGCUGGCAGGACGACCCGGGAUGCCCGCGGCGCCUUUAUUCUCCCGGCUCCUCGCUCACACGCUCGUCUUGGUGCCCCCAGCUUGGCUGUAUCUGCCCAGGCAAGCUGGGUCUCACUUCCAGUUGGCAGCCUCCAUUUCCUACUGGCAGCUUCGGCCACUCGUGGGAGCAGCAGGAGAAGCCUUGGGCAGCUCACCCUGGGGAUGGUUAGCUCCCACAUCCCAUGGGAUGCGAGGGAACCUUCCCCAGCCAGGAUGGCUCAGCUCAGGUCUCCGUUACUGCACGUGCUUGGGAAGGCUGGGGAAGUUGCGCCCAGCAGAGUGGAGGCGGUGAUGUGGGGCUCCUGCGUCCAGCAGCACUGCUGGUGGCUGAGCCCUCGGCGGAAAGGGCUGAGCGCUGCUGUUCAUGGCAGUCUGUCAAUAUUAAAUUAAGGCUAAAUUCCCAUCCUAAAUGUUAUGUUAACACGAAGUUACAGCGGAGAGCGCAGAGCGCAGAACAGCAAUAUGAGGGUAAGAUGUGUUCCGGGGGUAUUGUAAUCAUCCCAAAUGAGGCAUUUGAAACCCAGGGAGUUCCAGAUUUAGGGUUUGCAUCGUUUUUGGUUUUGUAAUUGAAAAACAAUCCAAACAUAGGAAGGCUUAGGAGCGUGUUGCUGAGAUUGGGUGCCUUUAUUCUGCGCUGCGGGGACAUCGGCAGAUGGAGGAAAAAAGUCUUUAAAAAAAUGAUGGAACCAAAUCUGGAAUUACAAAUGUUAAAAUAGCGUGAUCUGGAUUUUAUUGUUAGCGCGUUGUGGCUCUCCAAGGUAACAUUAGGGUUGUUGGGUCUUGACUGCGCAUCUCUGUGUCUGGACGUAUUUGGCUAUUGCUGAUGCAACUCACCUCUAAUGCUUCACAAAGCUCAUAAUUUGAGACAAUUGCAAAUCCUGGAGCAUAAUUUUAUUUGUAUUAUGGAUGUGUACUCAGAACUUUAAUUCUAUCCUAACAGACUUUUUUCCCUGUUUUUUUUAAGAGCUGUUAGAAGAGCCAUGGGUGAGGAUUAGAAUAUCAUGAUAGCGUAACUCCAAAGGGCUGUAGGAAGAAGCUCAUUUGGGCUCCGUUUUACUAAAAAAUAUGAGGCACUUCUUUAUGGUGCGGGGAUAAACGGAUACACGAGGAUGGGUGGGAGGUGGGUGGUAAAUUCAGCUCCCAUUUUGUGAUACCUGAUGCUGUGAGAACCCUCAGCUGAGGCUGUGCUGGAGAAGCUGUGCCCAAGGCAGCGCGUGGCCAUGGCUCUGGCAGAGCCUGGAGCCAGGGAAGCCCCAGGGCUGCGGUCUGUGUGCUCCUGCAGAGCGAGAGCGAUGGCUGGGCAGUGAAAUGGCUCUGCUGGGAGUCACGGUCGCUAUCGAAGCUGCCUGUAGCUUCCAGGCGUGCCAAUGAGAUAUGACAGUCAUUAAUAAUUUGGCUUCAUCCUACCAUGUGUCAUCCAGAGGAACCUGGGCAGAUGAUGUAGGCUGGAUAGCUUGCCUUCCAGCAGCGUCUCGCACAGCAGUGGGGUCUGAAGCAGCUCCAGAGCCCACGCAAGAACGCAGCGACUGUAACAUACUGUGGGGGCCCAGUCUCAUUGCACCCUGCGAUGCUGCAAGGCAGAGUUCAGUGUUGUGCUGAAGCAUUGCAGGGAAUGUUGGAUGAAUGAUGGCUUUUCUCUGGAGCUGGGGCAGUGACAGCAGCGCUGGCAGUGGUUCAGUAACAGCAGUGCUCGGGGUGCCGAAGCACCUCGCCUGCCUCCCUAUAUGCUUCUUUUGCUCCUGUGUUGUGUUUCAUAGGCUUCAGCACCUGUUUUGGCAAUAGCACACCAGUGUAGGUCUCCUGCACAGGUCUUGGGUGUUGCAGUGGGUGCAGCCACUCCUUGCUGCUGGACCUCCCCCCCCCCCAUCUGGAACUGCUGCUGUCUGCAGGCUCUGGAGCACGUCUGCUUUCCCAGCCUUGCUGCUCAGGCGGAGUGGAUGCAGCAACAUGAUUUUCUGGGCUGAGUGUUUCUUAUUAAGCCUGUCAGACACUGAUUUCUGAGCUUGCUGUGUUCCCUGGGCAUACCAGGAGGGCAGGCACAGCACGGGCCCAUUUCCUUAAUGACCGGCAGUGAAUUGCCUGCACAUGUGCAGUGCAGAUUUGAGACGCCCUCCGUGUAUUUUUUUUUUCUCUGCGGAUUUUCCUCGUUGGAUGAGGUGUUCUCCAUUUGUGGAGUCCCUGCCCAGCUGAGCCUUUAACAGAGCCUCUUCCUUCCAUCUGCACACAGCCCUUAUUUUGUGCUCCAAUAAUUCCAAGGCAACUCCGCUCCCCUCCGAGCUUUGGAGAGAUUUACCAGGUGGGCACCUGAGGAUGCUCUGGGGCAAAAUGGAGAUGCCCUGUCACUGCUGCCAUCCCUGCCAGGGUAAGGAGAUGUGGCUGAGAUAAGGCCAGCAUCCUCUGCUCACCUCCUGAGCAGUGCCCUCAGCAGUGCACAGGCACUCACUGAGGCCAGGAUGCAGCCUCUCACCGACACUGGGAGCUCAUGGGCGAAUGUGGCCUCGGUGUGCACAUUGCAGGGAGCUGGGGGGAGGCGGGGAGGCCCUUACAUAAGCCCUGCAUGCAGCAGGAGGAGCGGGGAGGGGAAGGGCAGCAUGCUGAGAAUCCAGGCAGCCUCCAGCGAGGGCUCCCCAGGAGCAGCUCUGCACUGACACAUGGAUGUGGGCCCCUGGCCUCAGCCAUCCACCCAUCAUCCGUGUCCCCCACUGCCCUCCCUGAGGUGACAUGGAGGGGCUGCAGGGCUGCAGCAGUGGCUUAGGGGGGAUGUGGCUCUGGGGCACUCUGGAUGUCACAGUCCUGGCCACCCUGCAUCUUGCACUGCGGUGCUGGGAAUCCCUUGGUGACAUGGAUGGGCUCCAUGAGUGCAGAUGGGUGCUGUCUGUGUGUCUGCAUGUGCUUGGGGCGUGUUGGCAGCUCCAUCUCUCAGAGCACCUUGGAUGUUCCCCUACAUCCAAGCCCAAGUUCUCACCUGGGGAGGUGAGCGCUGGCUCCUUCCCAAGCAUGGCAGGGGCUUCUGAGCAGGGGAACACUUUGUGCCCAGGUAGGAUCAGGCACCCAUAGCCCUGUCACCCUUUCCCGGAUGAGUCUGCUGUUAAUUCCCUCCAUCUCUCCACAGCAUCAGCAAUCCCUGCCGAGCCGGGCCGUUUGAAGGGGGACCACAGUGGGCAGCUUGCAGGCUCUGAGGAUCAGUGACAAGUCUCUCCAGGUCAGCGUCCCUGAGUUGCUGGGUUCUCCUGCCCCACGGAUUUGACUGUUCCUUCUGGAUAAACCGGAGGCUUGCUGUGAUGGGGAUGCACUGAGCCCUCACCCCAGGAGCUUCAGGCCUGGAUGUUGGUGCUGCUCCUCCCGGACGAUGUGGCUGAUACUCUGGAGAAGCCCUCUCUUGCCCCCUGUUCUCCAAGUGCCUGAGCUGGUGGCCGGCUGGGACCUGCGUCUCACCCUCUGGGUCCUGAGCUUCGCCUCGGCGGUCGUGCGCAUGGAGGGCCAGGUCUACUCUCCCACUGUCAACACUCACUAUGGGAAGCUACGGGGGGUGCGUGUGCCACUACCCAGUGAGAUUUUGGGACCCGUGGAUCAGUACCUGGGGGUGCCUUACGCCGCUCCCCCGGUUGGGGAGAAGCGGUUCAUGCCUCCAGAGCCACCUCCCUCCUGGUCAGGCAUCAGGAAUGCUACCCACUUCUCACCGGUCUGCCCCCAGAACAUCCACAACGCUGUCCCUGAGAUAAUGCUGCCCAUCUGGUUUACCUCCAACUUGGAUAUCGUGGCCACCUACAUCCAGGACCCCAAUGAGGACUGUCUGUACCUCAACAUCUACAUCCCCACGGAGGAUGUAAAACGGAUUUCCAAGGAAUGCACCCGAAAGCCCAACAAGAAAAUAUGUAGGAAAGGAGACAUCCGGGACAGCGGGGCCAAGCCGGUGAUGGUGUACAUCCAUGGUGGCUCCUACAUGGAGGGCACGGGGAACAUGAUUGAUGGCAGUGUCCUGGCCAGCUACGGGAACGUGAUUGUCAUCACUCUCAACUACCGCGUUGGAGUGCUCGGGUUCCUGAGCACAGGGGACCAGGCUGCCAAGGGUAACUAUGGGCUGCUGGACCAGAUCCAGGCGCUACGCUGGGUCAGCGAGAACAUCGCCUUCUUCGGCGGCGAUCCUUUGCGCAUCACCGUCUUUGGUUCCGGCAUCGGCGCCUCCUGCGUCAGCCUGCUCACCCUCUCCCACCACUCGGAAGGUCUCUUCCAGAGAGCCAUCAUCCAGAGCGGCUCCGCGCUCUCCAGCUGGGCGGUGAACUACCAGCCCGUCAAGUACACCAGCAUGCUGGCGGACAAGGUGGGCUGCAACGUGCUGGACACGGUGGACAUGGUGGACUGCCUGCGGCAGAAGAGUGCCAAGGAGCUGGUGGAACAAGACAUCCAGCCGGCCCGCUACCACGUGGCCUUUGGGCCGGUCAUCGACGGGGAUGUGAUCCCGGAUGACCCAGAGAUCCUGAUGGAGCAGGGCGAGUUCCUCAAUUACGACAUCAUGCUGGGUGUCAACCAAGGCGAGGGGCUGAAGUUCGUGGAGGGCGUGGUGGACCCCGAGGAUGGCGUUUCGGGCAGCGACUUUGACUACUCGGUCUCCAACUUUGUAGACAAUCUGUACGGUUACCCCGAGGGCAAGGACACCCUGCGAGAAACCAUCAAGUUCAUGUACACGGACUGGGCGGACAGGGACAACCCCGAGACGCGCCGCAAGACCCUGGUGGCCCUCUUCACCGACCACCAGUGGGUAGAGCCGUCGGUGGUGACAGCUGACCUGCACGCCCGCUACGGCUCCCCCACCUACUUCUACGCCUUCUACCACCACUGCCAGAGCCUGAUGAAGCCCGCGUGGUCCGACGCGGCCCACGGGGAUGAGGUGCCUUACGUGUUCGGGAUCCCCAUGAUCGGCCCCACAGACCUCUUUCCCUGCAACUUCUCCAAGAACGACGUCAUGCUCAGCGCCGUGGUGAUGACCUACUGGACCAACUUUGCCAAGACAGGGGACCCCAACAAGCCCGUCCCCCAGGACACCAAGUUCAUCCACACCAAGGCCAACAGGUUUGAGGAGGUGGCCUGGUCCAAGUACAACCCCCGCGACCAGCUGUACCUGCACAUCGGGCUGAAGCCGCGGGUGCGCGACCACUACCGAGCCACCAAGGUGGCUUUCUGGAAGCACCUGGUCCCCCACCUGUACAACCUGCACGACAUGUUCCACUACACCUCCACCACCACCAAAGUGCCGCCGCCCGACACCACGCAGAACUCCCACAUCACCCGCCGGCCCAACGGCAAGAUCUGGACCACCAAGCGCCCCGCCAUCUCACCCGCCUACAACAGCGAGAACGGGAAGGAGAAGUGGAGCCCGGAGCAGGAGGCGGGCACCCUGCUCGAGAGCCCCCGCGACUACUCCACCGAGCUGAGCGUCACCAUCGCCGUGGGCGCCUCGCUCCUCUUCCUCAACGUCUUGGCCUUCGCCGCCCUCUACUACCGCAAGGACAAGCGGCGGCAGGACACGCACCGGCAGCCCAGCCCUCAGCGCGGCGCCGCCAACGACAUCGCCCACGCGCCCGACGAGGAGAUGCCGUCCCUGCAGGCCGGCCAGGCGCACCACGAGUGCGAGGCCGUGCCGCCCCACGACACCCUGCGCCUCGCCGCCCUGCCCGACUACACGCUGACGCUGCGCCGCUCCCCGGAUGACAUCCCGCUCAUGACACCCAACACCAUCACCAUGAUCCCCAACUCGCUGGUGGGGCUGCAGACCCUGCACCCCUACAACACCUUCGCCGCCGGUUUCAACAGCACGGGGCUCCCGCACUCACACUCCACCACCAGGGUAUAGCUGCCCGCGGCCGGCGCACACCCACGCACGCACGCACACGCACUCGGCAGACACUGGCAGAGGGACCGGCGGGAGCCCCCGGACGGACAGACGGAUGGACAGACAGACAGGGGGGUGGCACGCACGGACGGUGUGGCACCCAGCCCAGACCUGCGGGCACUGGGCACCGCCGGCCGCCCCGCUUCCCUCGGCGCUUUCUUUCAUUCCUUUCUAACUUUGAGAAGUGCUUCAACUCUCCGGCUCCCGGCAGGAGGGCCCCACUGGUGCACCGGGGCUGUGCCCCCCCAUGGGGACACGGCAUCCCCAGCGCCCGCCGAGCACCCCAAGACGGUCGAGCAGCGGUGCCGGGCAUCCCUCUUGGAGGAGGUUUGGCAUCCAGAGCGCCGUGGAUAAGGCUCCGUCACUGUGCCAUGGUGCUAAGGGCAGAGGCAGCGGGCAGGGGCCCGGCCUCGCGCUGGGUGCGGGCGCUGGGAGCUGAGGAGCCGCCCCGCGAUGGGGACGUGGCACCUCUGCCCCCUCUUUGCGCUGCAGAGAAUCUCUUUUGUGUCAGUCGUUUCUCUUUGCAGAGACGUUUUUUAAAGCAGAUCUUUAGUUCUUUACACACUAACGGAGUCGCCGCGUUUUGUCCUUUGUAAAGAUUUUAAACCAAGUGUUCUUGAUAUAAAAUAAAAAGCCAGUUAGAAGAACCCCAGCGUGUGUGCGCGGUGCCGGCCCUGACACGGCCCCACGGCCCCAGUACCCGCACACGGGGCCAGUGGGCACCAGGCACCAGGCAGGGCCCUGCCUCCCACGCUGCGAGGCCGCGCUCUUUUGUAUUUUUGAUAUUCUCCCUCCUCUGUCACCCGUGCCCACAGAUCUCAGCCAAAAAGCCCACUCCAGGGCCCGGCCAUGGGCGCCCCACGGCCCCUCCGCCCCAUCCCAGCCUCUAGUCCAGUGCCACCCUCAGCCCUCUGCUGGGUCACCCGAUGGGGAUGGACACGCGCUGCCAAAGUGCAGCCACCCACAGCCACCCUGCCCUGCUCCCACCCUCGCCACCACCCCGCACCCACUGCCAUGGUGCGCCCGCAGCCAUGGGGACACUGGGGACAGGGCACCCCCCCCAGGGCUGGGGCACCUGCAGAGCCGGCGGUGGCUGCAGGGAGCGGGGAGCUCAGAGCUGGACGUGGGGAAGGAGCUGCCCAGGAGCAGUGAGGGCAGGGGUUGGCUUGGCCCCCAGCGCGGUCACCCUGGGCACAGGAGGAGGGGACGGGUCCCGUGUCCCUGCAGGGAUGCCACCCUCAGCCCCGGUCCGGCUGGCAGACGCUGCCCGCGCUGGCGGCCGUGACGCACCGGUGCCGGCCGGCCCCACACAGUCCCACGCGGCCCCACACAGCCCUGGUUUGGGGUGAGGGUGCUGGUUGGAGAAUGUAUUUAUACCCUGUCACCCGCUCAGAGUAACAAAUUCCAAAUAAAACAGAAGUGAUAUUUUUAA